AUGGGCAAGACGCUGGGCAACAUCCGCGCCGUGUACAUGGUCGCCCUGUGCUGCAACCAUUUCCGAUACACCGCGAAGCAGAAAUCCACCAUCAGCUCCAACUCGAACAGUCUGUUGCAGGCGGGAGCUUUCUUCUCCUGUUUCUUCGCAUGGCCGUUCACCGCGCGCUUCGGCCGCCGCUGGUCGAUCGCGCUGGCGUCUUUGAUCUUCUGCAUCGGCGCCAUCAUCCAGGUCGCGCCCACCCACUCCAUCGGCGCCUUCUACGCCGCCCGCGUUAUCAGCGGCGUUGGCGUCGGCAUGGCGACCGUCAUGGUGCCCAUGUUCAGCGCGGAAAUGGCCCCCAAGGAGAUCCGUGGGAUGCUCGGUAGCAUGUUCCAGUUCUUCUUCACCCUGGGGGUCAUGACCUCCUACUGGGUCGACUACGGUGUGGAGAAGCAUGUUCCAUCGAUUGAUCGGCAGUGGCAGAUUCCCAUCGGUCUGCAGCUGGUGCCGGGGGGCAUACUCGGGAUCGGCAUGUUGUUUUUGAAGGAGAGUGUGCGGUGGCUGGCGAAGAAGGGCCGGCAUGCCGAGGCGAUGGAGUCGCUGGUUUGGAUCCGUGGCGGCGAGGAGACGGACGAAGUGCGCGCUGAGAUGGCGGAGAUUCUUGAUGGCAUCGAAGCAGAACUGCGCGCGACUGAAGGCGUGACGUGGAAAGAGCUGCGCAUGCCGGCAAACAUGUACCGCAUGUUCAUCACCAUUACGAUCCAGAUUGGUGUGCAAUUGACCGGCAACACCUCACUCGCGUACUAUGCCCCUCAGAUCUUCAAAGCCGUCGGCGCCGGCAACGACAGCCUCCUGAUCAGCGGCUUCUUCGGCGUAAUCAAGGUCGUCGCCUGCUUCAUUUUCGUCGUCUUCCUGGUCGAGCGCGUCGGUCGGAAGUGGUCGCUGAUCUGCGGCGCGUUCAUGAUGGGCUCGCUGAUGCUCAUCGUGGCCAUUUUGAGCAAGGUCUUCCCGCCAGACCCCAACGCCACGUCCAUCUCCUCGCCCGCGAUCGCCUCCAUAGCGAUGGUGUACCUCGAGGCGGGCAUGUACAACAUGUCGUGGGGCCCGGUGCCCUGGCUGUACAUGAGCGAGAUCUUUCCCACGCGCAUCCGCGAGAUGGGGAUUGCCGUCGGCACGGCGACGCAGUGGCUAUUCAAUUUUGUCUUCUCGCAGGCGACGCCGCAUGCAGUGGAUAACCUGGGGUGGAAGACGUUCCUGAUGUUUUGCAUCUUUAACUGGGCGCUGGUUGUGUAUGCCUGGUUGUUUAUUAAGGAGACGACUGGGAAGUCGUUGGAGGAGAUGGAGGAGGUCUUUGAAUCCAAGGCGACCAUCUUCAACAAAGAUCGGACGACGGAGGAGAAUGUCGAGAAUGUACAUGCCAAGGGUGAGCACCAUGCUUAA